GACACGAGCAGCAUCCACUCACAAAGCUUUCCUGACCAACAAAAUUGUAAACCACCCGAUGUGGAGGAACCACAAUCCCAACUUUUUCCAGCUUUUGUAUCUUGUUUAACAAGUUGGGUGUCGUCAUUUUAUGCUAAGCACAGUUUAUGGAUCAACAUUUGUGGCUUCACUGUACUGUUCCUCCUCUACAACGUCUUCUUGGGAUUUGCCAUCUCCACAACAUGGAAGCACACUCACAGCUGGUGUGACGGGGUCAGGUUUCUGAUCCUCCUUACCAUUAUAGUCUACAUUACACUUUUGUAUUACCACGUGUUUAAACGGUGGCUUUUGAAACCCCUCAGAAGAUUUUUUUCCCCAGCUACUGACCUUUUCGCAAGAAUUUUUAAAUAUCGAUAUACGUCGAGUGUAAUAUGGGUAUCCAUCCUCGCUGCUGUGAUCGUCUUUCUUAUCAUCGACACCAAAGAUAACAGAUCUCGUUUAGUGUCUGCAGGUGGCUUGCUGGUUUUGUUAUUUUUCGGCUACUUGUUCUCGGCACAUCGAACAAAGGUCGUGUGGCGCCAUGUUUUCUGGGGUGUGUUUCUACAGUUUCUCUUCGGUCUUGCCAUUUUGAGAUGGCACGUGGGAAAAGAAGUGUUUAACUGCAUUAGCGAAAAAGUCAAGAGAUUUCUCGAAUUUACAGAUUACGGGUCAGAAUUUGUUUUUGGUUACCUGGUCUCUGGUGACCUUAAGGAUGUCACAAGCAAGCAAAUAUCAGUGUUCGCGUUCAGUGUUUUAAGUGUGAUUUUGUUCUUCAGUUUAUGCAUCUCCAUCCUUUAUUACUACGGGAUCAUGCAGUGGAUGGUGAUCAAGAUAGGCUGUUUUCUACAGGUGACUGUGGGCACCACAGCUUGCGAGUCGAUGAACGCAGCUGGAAACAUAUUUCUAGGAAUGACGGAAGCUCCUUUAAUGAUAAAGCCAUUUCUGCCAAUAAUGACAAAGUCCGAACUCCACGCCGUACUAACCGGAGGCUUUGCGACCAUCGCAGGAAGUGUCCUUGCUGCAUAUGUCAAGUUUAAUGUUAACCCUAGCCACCUAUUGUCGGCUUCUGUAAUGUCAGCCCCAGCAGCUCUUGCCUUCUCCAAGCUGUUCUAUCCAGAAACAGAGGAAAGCCGGACACAUGCCAAAGACAUUAAAAUCGACAAAGGGACCGAACGCAACGCUAUAGAAGCUGCUACGAACGGAGCCAGUACAGCUAUCGCCUUAGUGGCUAACAUAGCAGCUAAUUUGAUUGCCUUUUUAGCUUUCAUUCGAUUUCUUGACGCAAUCUGCACGUGGAUAGGACUUCUUGUUGGAUGGGACUUUAUAUCAUUUGAGUGGCUGUUAUCUAAAGCAUUCGUUCCCUUGGCUUUCCUAAUGGGUGUGGAGUGGAACGAAUGUGAACAGGUAGCUCGUCUUAUUGGUUUGAAGACCGUGGUGAACGAAUUCAUCGCUUAUAAGCAGUUAGGAGAAAUGAAAACGUUAUCGCCAAGAUCUCAGGCUAUUGCAGUAUAUGCUUUGUGUGGAUUCUCUAAUAUCGGAUCCAUCGGUAUUCAACUUGGAGCGCUCGGAGCCAUGGCUCCAGAGAGGAAAUCAGAUUUGGCAAGCUUAGCAGUUCGAGCAGUGAUAGCCGGUUCAACAGCCUGCUUCAUGACAGCUUGUGUUGCCGGAACAUUGUUAGAGGAAGUGUCUUAUUCGAUUUGAGGAACGGAAGAUGAAAACCUGAUUCAAACUGACAAUGCACAGACGAUAAAUUUUCAUUCUAAAUUCCAGCCAUUGUUUCGUAAAGUCGGUCUGAACUUAACAGAAAAUAGUAACUGUUCUGGAUAUCUUGAUUCAUUUAGAUAUAUCUUGGUAUAUAUCUUUUCAUAAUAUUUAUUUGUUUACAUUAAGAUAACUAGACUUUAAAAGCGCCCAUAAUACGUGUUUUUUAUUGUUCUUUUUUAAUGUGUGGACGAAACAUAAUACAUGUCUACGCAUUUGUACAUAGUUUGUGAAAUUUAUAAAGAUUUAUUAGCGUAUUUAUUAAUGAUUUUAUAAAUAAAUGUUUUAGAAUAUUUUAA